GGUUAAAACAUAUUUUCUCUUACCAAAUUUGAAUGUAUCAUAAACCAAAAUCUUGCCAAGUUCCAAUUCGAAGUAACGAACAUAAUCUGAGCAAUAAAUAAUUCGAAAACCAUGUGGGUCGCCUUCUUCCAACCCUACCAAAGCCUCUGAAAACUCCUAAUCGAAGCUAUUUGGUUUUAUAUUGAUAUAACAGCAAAGAGAUGCACGGUUCUGAGUAGUUUUGGUAACGUUCAGCCAUAUACUCUUCUUUCCUGUUGCAUUGAUAUGGUCAUUUCAUUCAUGAAUCUAGCAAUUGAGGUGUGUUUGAAUUCUUGAAUGCUGGGAAUUUUUCCCAGGAAUGCAUUAAUUGGAGUAGGAUAUACCCACACGAGGUUUCCUAUUCUUAUUUAUUUCGGUAAUGCGUGAAUUGGGUUGUGUGGAAGUUUUGAUCUUAGCUGUGGGAUUUAUCAGAUAUUUAUAUUUUUUGAGAUAUCUCUGGAGAUUGAAGAGUGUUAUUAUUUCACAUCACGAACUUGUGGGAUUGAACAAGUGGUUUUCUCUGGUUUUAGCUGCCUUUGGAUAGACAUGCUAUUAAAGUUGACUUAUUAUAUUUUUAUCACAUGCUUAUACAUCUGUUCAAGAGGUGGCAUUGUGAAUUGACAGUGAGAUUUCUUGUGAUUGAUUAAAAUUUGAGUUUGUUGAUUGGGUGCUGGGUAAUUUAGAUGAGGAUACAAUUCUUGAGAUGCAUUUUUAAAGUGAGGACGUUUUAGCAUUUACCAUAGAAUUUAGUGAGGAUAUGUCGGGUGGAUCUCCAACUGUUGGAGGUGGAUAUGUGAGGCAGAGGCACAGUCAAGGGUAUUUUUCAAGUGGCGAUGAUCUUGAGGAUGAUGCUUGUUCUAGAAGUUUUACAGAGUCACCCCCAUUUCCUACUACACGGAGUUGGGUUGAGGUUGUAGAGAACUUUCUUUGGUUCUCCUCGGUUCUUUUUAUCAUCUAUUAUGGGGACCGCCACUACAAUUUCAUUUACAUUCUAUGGCGUGAUAAUCGCAUCAGAAGAAUACCAUUGUAUGUGGGGAUGUUUGCCAUCGGCUUGAAUAUUCUCUUUUUCUUGUAUACUAGUACAUUAGCUUGGGGACUCAGAAAAUCAUCUGAGAAGUGGGAAAUUUCAAGCAUAGCUGCUUUGCCAUUUCUAACACUUAAUGGACUUCUAUCUUCCUGCUUGCUCACUUAUGCAUUGUGGCCUAUUUGGAGUUUCUUGACUCUCCCUCUUGUGUUCACCCUUUUUAUGGUUUCCAUGGUUAUACUCCCAAAUUUGGUACUUAGGACGUUUAAGCCUCAAGCAGACAUGUUCCGUACAGAUUAAACCAUUAUUUUGGGCUCAUUAGAACCUCAUUUCUGCAACCUAGCUUAGUUCAUGGUGUUUCCCAUUAAUGAUACUUUCUUCAGUCCUGAGGUUGAAGCUGUCAUUUGACUGAGGAAAAAGGUGGCUACUGACUAGUCCCUCCAUGGGUGCUUUGUAAAUAAGUUGUGUUUUAGACCUUCUAGUAGAUAUGUUGGUUCUUUUGGAAAAAUUGUAUGACAUAAAAAAUACAGAAAUCUGCCAUCUUCACUGGUCUCAUAUUAGCAGAGAUGAAAAGUAGAAAUGGGUAAAAGGAAGGAUGUAGUAUGGAUAAAAGAUGUUUUUCGUAUCAUGAGCAGAUGCUUUUAAUUUACUGAUCUUUUGGUCUAAUUAUGAAAUGCACAUUACUAAUACGGAGUUAUAGGUUUCUGUAGCCAGCUGCUUCUACAUUUUGUAUGGGGCAAAAAUUAGGAAAGUCAUGUUUUGUAUUUUGCAAAUGGUAUUCAUUUGUAUAAUAUUUCAUCCUUUCACAAAUAAAUGUAUGUUUGUUCAAUGAAUAAGGUUUUAAU